AACAAACAUCCAUCCAGAGGGAAGAGGAGACGGAGAAAGAGAGAGGCAGAGCGAGGCAGGAGGGCAGAGGAAGGGAGAGGUGAAGCGACCUGAGGCUGUCUGACGGAGGAACAAGGACCCUAACAACCAGGACCCUACGAACAACAACAACAACAACAAGGACCCGUCCGCCGAGGCCCUAUUUUUUCCUUUUCCUUCUUCUUCUUCUUCUGCCAGGAGGACAAACGGGCCACACGUAUCGCGAGAAAAAACCUCGUCGAUUUCCAGCAGCAAUGGCCCAAGAGACGAACCAGAGUCCGGUGCUUUGUGCCAUGGGCUGCGGUUUCUACGGCAACCCAAGAACCAGUGGCAUGUGCUCCGUAUGUUAUAAGGACCACCUGAACCGACAGCAGAGCAGCGACCGCAUGAGCCCCCUUAGCCCAAUGGCCUCAGCUAGUAGUCCUACCUCAGAGGCCUCGGCCAUCAAGAGACUAGAAGCCAGUCUAGCCAAGGUUGAUGCCUCCCCUGCCUCCUCACCAGACAUGUCUAGAACUGUUCAAGGAUCGCUUCCUGUUACUCAACAAAUGACAGAGAUGAGCAUCUCGAGAGAAGACGAUCCAGAAACCCUAGAGCCUGUUGUUAGCCAACCUGCUGCUUCUAGUCCUACUCCUGUAGCUUCUUCCAGCAGUGACGAUGGAAAAGGUGACAAACCCAAAAAGAACAGAUGCUUCAUGUGCCGCAAAAGGGUGGGACUCACAGGGUUCGGAUGUCGCUGUGGGAACCUGUUCUGUGGCAUCCACCGCUACUCGGACAAGCACAACUGCCCCUACGAUUACAAGGCCGAAGCUGCUGCCAAGAUCCGUAAAGAAAACCCUGUUGUGGUUGCUGACAAGAUCCAGAGAAUAUAGGUUUUGACAAAAUCGGGAGCAACGACAUCAAUGAAAAACACCUUUGACAAAGACUGGAGUAUGAGUGCGAACCUUUUGAAAUGAGCACUGGCUCGAGAGGCCAAGUGAGGAUUGAAAGGACUUGAUUUACAAAAUUACCACCUCAAGAAAACAAUGGGGCAAAAAAUAAGUAAAAAAAUGAAAACAUCCUGUCCGAGGGAGUUGCAUGAAUGAUCACUUUUCUCCUUUUUGAUUAACUCAUUAGUUUGUUUUAUCCUAUUUUCUUUUCUGUGGUGUGAUUUUGCUGCUGAUGAGUCCUUUUUUUUUUUAAAAGAAUAUGUAUUGUCUUAUCAAAAGCAGCCCAGGCUAACUGUCCAGGACAAGCUGUGCUCCUCCCACCCAAACCAGGCGCCAUUUUGUGCCAAACCGUAGACAGCCAUUUUACUCGGACCCUGCCAUGUGUCAGAAGCUGGCGGGUCUUUCACAGCAUUCAGACUACACAGUGACAGUCCACACAAGUUGUGUCCCUCAACCUUCGAUCUUCUUGUCCCGCGUUCCGUUGCUACUGGAGUCAAUGUUUGGAGAGCCGUACAUCUGUCCCCCCUCUGUGCACAAGGGACUGUGUUACUUCGUCUCUGUCUUUCCUAGCUUUACCUACCUCACAUCUGCUGUGUUAAGCUUUGUUGUUUUCCCGCUUCUCUUUGUGUCCAUUAGCUUUGACCCCAGCAGAACAACGGAUCAUCAUGAUAAGCGGCCUCAGUGACCCAGUCAUAAGCAAGUCUUGACUGUGACAAGGCUGUUUCCAUUAUGGCUGGAGGUAUCACGCUAGGCACGGACAAGCAAAUGACUCCAUGUUUCACUGGGUAUAAACGUUUUCAGUGGACAUAUUGGUUGAAGAGGUUUCCCCUACUGGUCUUGAGCUCAGAUUGCAAUCUUAGACGCCUGGUGCAGGGCUGUGUGUACCGAGGAGUAGCCUGAGAGGAAGGAUGGCUCUCUUCCCUGGCAGACCUGGUAGGUGACUUUAGGCUACGUUAUUGUAGGGGCAUGAAUGAAUGGGAUAAUGCAUGACUUACACUUCAUUUGCAUUUGUUUUUCAGAAAAUAUUUGGUAUCACUCAACCUAGGGUUUCAGACAUUUUAUUUGCUGAGAGACAAUUAUCUGUUGUUACCUUUUUUUUCCUCUUCCAUUGAUAUUGUGCUGAUGUUAGCGCAUGUAUUCAGUGCAUUUGUGGAAUUAGAGUACGUGAACCAUUUUCUUUUCUGUUUAAUUUUUUUUAAUGCGCUAACAGAACAUUCAUGUGAGCUGCGUGUGGGUUGGAGGAUGUGGAUGUGUGUGGAUGCGUGUGUGUGUUGUUUCCCGACCUUUUUUGUCUGUGGAGCUACCCGGUUUAUCAGCACAUGUUUACAGAACUACAGGAGCAUGAAUUAUGAAAAAUAAUAGAUUCCAAGAUUAGAUGUAACUUGUCAUCUGUCUAUCAGCUAUUGGUCCGUGUGUCUGCUAUUGAGCACCGUAGAGAAGUGUGUGUGUGUGUGUGUGUGUGUAUUUGUGCGCCGGCUCGUGCACUUACCUGUGCAAAAGUGUUUUCAUGGCUGCCUGACACAGUGAAGCCCAUGUAUGUUUGUGACUUGUGUUAAUCCCCCUUUUUUUUCUGCCUAAGGAUGUGUGUUUUAUUUUUUUCAUUUAAAAGACAACUGUAUGUAUCCGUUUGAGUUUUUUCCUUUCUGAUUCUUAGUCAUAUGCAAAUUUGUACAAAAAAUGAAAAAACAGCAAACUGUGUUGAUAUUUAUGUAUUACAUAUAAUCUUGCUAUCCAGCAUUACGACAGAAUAGUAUCAUGUAAAUAAAACUGUACAGAGAGACAUUA